UCCCCCAUCUCUCUCUCGCGCUCACUCGCCUCGGCGGAAGAGAAGAUGACGGGAUGAGAGGAGAUGGAUUUUGCGCUGAGAUGCAGGGGGGAACGGCGAAAUUAGCGACGUGUCCUUAUUUACGAGCCACUCGAGUCCGCCGACCGAGGAGUGUGGAAUGAAGAAAAAUGAGUGAGCGCGGCGUUUGCUGAAGACAGGCUCAGAUCCUUCCAGAAGGCCAAAUGGAGCAGGAUGUGGAAAGUCCCGUGACUGUGAGACAGCCACGGCUGCCCAAGCAGGCAAGAGACGACUUGCCCAAGCAGCUUCAGGACAGCGAGCGAGCCAAGCGCAAGAUCCAACGUUAUGUGCGCAAGGAUGGCAAGUGCAACGUGCACCAUGGCAACGUCCGCGAGACCUACCGCUACCUCACAGACAUCUUUACCACACUAGUGGACCUGAAGUGGCGGUUCAACCUCUUCAUUUUUGUGCUGGUCUACACAGUUACGUGGCUCUUUUUCGGCUUCAUGUGGUGGCUGAUUGCCUAUGCACGAGGGGAUCUGGAGCACAUAGGCGAUGAUGCAUGGACACCGUGUGUCAACAACUUAGAGGGUUUCGUCUCGGCCUUCCUUUUCUCCAUAGAAACUGAGACAACAAUUGGUUAUGGGUAUCGGGUGAUCACAGACAAGUGCCCAGAAGGCAUCGUGCUCCUGCUAGUGCAGUCAGUGUUGGGCUCCAUUGUGAAUGCCUUUAUGGUGGGCUGCAUGUUUGUGAAGAUCUCACAGCCUAAGAAGCGUGCAGAGACACUGGUGUUCUCUACCAACGCUGUCAUCUCAAUGCGUGAUGGACGCCUCUGUCUGAUGUUCCGUGUCGGGGACCUGAGGAACUCGCAUAUCGUUGAGGCCUCAAUUCGAGCCAAGCUGAUCAAGUCCAAACAGACCAAGGAGGGGGAGUUUAUUCCCCUCAACCAAACAGACAUGAAUGUGGGCUAUGACACAGGUGAUGACCGCCUCUUCCUUGUGUCCCCACUCAUCAUUUGCCACGAGAUCAACCAGCAUAGUCCUUUCUGGGAGAUCUCCAAAGCCAACCUAGCUAAGGAGGAGCUGGAGAUUGUUGUCAUUCUAGAAGGCAUGGUGGAGGCCACAGGAAUGACCUGCCAGGCUCGCAGCUCGUAUGUGGCUAGUGAGAUCAAGUGGGGCUACCGCUUCAUGCCCGUGCUCACGCUGGAGGAUGGCUUCUAUGAGGUCGACUACAACAGCUUCCAUGAGAUCUACGAGACAAACACACCGAGCUGCAGCGCACGCGAGCUGGUCGAGAUGAGCGCACGUUCACGCCUGCCCCUCUCCUGGUCGGUGGCAAGCAAACUGAGCCAGCAGGGCCUGCUAGACUCACACAAUGACGAGCAGGAGAAAGUGAGCAGAGAGACACAAGAGCAGGAGCGCAACGGUGACAUUGCCAACAUGGAGAAUGAAUCCAAAGUGUGAAGUGGAACGAGCAGGGCAGAGCAGAGAGUUCGCUUCCUCUGUCUUCAUUACACAAAACCGCAUACAUUCUCAGACAUUUAUCAGACAUCCUCAACACAAGUGGGCGAUAUGACAAAAUGAUAGCACAAUACAUAAAGACAUUUGUACAAAAUACAAUAUAUAUAUAUAUAUAU